CUGUGGCUUAACUUUGGCCGCCAGCAUGGUCCAACCUCGGACCUCCAAAACUGAAAGCUCAGCCUCUGCCCCUGGUGCCAGCGCUCAGAUGGAUGACGUAGUUGAUACCCUGACCUCCCUGCGCCUCACCAACUCCGCGCUGAGGCGCGAGGCCUCCACACUGAGGGCGGAGAAGGCCAACCUCACCAACAUGCUGGAGAGUGUGAUGGCCGAGCUAACUCUGCUGCGCACCCGAGCGCGCAUCCCUGGCGCUCUACAGAUUACUCCACCUAUCUCUGCCAUCACUUCCAAUGGGACCCGACCCAUGACCACACCACCCACCUCAUUGCCUGAACCCUUCUCAGGAGACCCUGGACAAUUGGCAGGGUUCCUGAUGCAGAUGGACAGGUUCAUGAUUUUUCAAGCCUCCCGCUUCCCCGGUGAAGCUGAGAGAGUGGCCUUCCUCGUAUCCCGUCUGACCGGGGAGGCGGAGAAGUGGGCCAUCCCCCACAUGCAACCAGACAGCCCUUUGAGAAACAAUUACCAGGGGUUUCUGGCUGAGCUCCGCAGAACCUACAAGUCCCCGCUGAGGCACUCACGGCGAGCACAAAUACGGAAGACAUCUGCGUCCAAUAGGGCUGUGCGGGAGCGAGAGCGGGAGCGCCAGAUGUUGUGUCGCCAACUGGCCGCAGCUGGCACAGGAUCCUGCCCGGUGCAUCCAGCCUCCAACGGGACCAAUCCCGCACCAGCCUUGCCCUCUCGUGGCCGGAACCUUUAAGGACUUGCCACCAUCCUGGUAGUCUGUGUCCACCCAGAUAGCUAGACUCCGUUGUUGAGGAGAGUUGUCAAUACAGUAGCUUUGCCCUGUUUGAGGCACCCUUCACGCCUCUCUGUUCUACGGGAGACCAUCCUGUCAUCGGCAUUGGUCACCCACCCCGCUGUGCGGUGUGUAUUUGUUUGUUUUGUUAGCGUUACCUGCAACUCAAUGCAUGCUCCCCCUUUCUGUUGCUUGCAAUCCCAGCUUCUCCAGCAAUCACAACACAGCCCCUUGGGCAUGUGCCUGCCCAGGAACCAUUUAGGCUGACCACCUCUGCGAGCUCAGCUCAUGGAUACUCAGCUCCUGGAGCACUUCCUACAGUUCUUGCUGCCCUAGUCUGAAGAACUGGCGAGGAGUGGCCAAAUGCUUCGGGUCUCAUGUGGACACACGAUCCAGUCCCAAGGAGCAGAGCCUCACAGGAGGAUGACCUCGUGAUCAGACUCAGACUCAGCCAAGCCUCUGGACCAUGACAUCAUCUGUCAUUUCAAUGCCAAAUGAACUGUGUUUACAUACCUACCUGGCCCCUUUGGGGAGAUGGGUGCCUCUCCUGGGUUUUCCUGCCCUCCUCUGCAUGGUCUUGGCUUGACCACAAGAAAAACAACAACAACAACAACAACACCGCCUCUGCACCCACGGAAAGACAUCUCUCUCCUCUCAGGAGCCCAGAGGCUGGGGCCUAGAACCCGGCUUCUUCCAGAGACUUCCUCCGUCAUUGGGAAAAGUGACUGACUCUAACCAGCACAGCCACCUUUGCAAGACCAGGAGUCUUUGCUGCUCGCUGGGCUCCCGGCCCAUAGCCACCUGCUUCUUGUUAACUCUGUUAGUCUAGCAGCCUCACUGCACAGCCAGGGCACCCUGCUGGCACUAUGGUGCUAUAAGCAGGUGGAAGACUCCCGGGGUUCCACUGAGAGUACUCACCUAUCCCCAGCAGCUGAGUCUCAUGCAUGACCUUUCGGUGGAGGGGUCCCCAGGUGAAGUUACAGCUGCACCAGAAAAAAUGGGGGGUAGGGAGGAGGUGUAUGUGGAGGCAGGUGACAACUGAAAGGUUUCUUUGUGGCUUUCCAAGUUGUCAGAGACCCACCCAAUGGGGAGGCAGGUCACCUGCCCUGGCUCCUCUGACCAAUGGGUGCUGGCUGUAUUUGCAUUAGGUUUUGCUUCAGAGCCAUUCAGGCUGCCUGUCUCCAGGUGUGGCUUCAUUACCUUCUGCUGCAUCUGGUCUGACCCACCUGGGCCACUCUGCCUCAGUGGCUCCGUCCCUACCUCUGCUCUGGUGGUGGUGGCUUGGCAAUGGUUUUGUUUCUUGAUGCAUGUAUUUAGGACCAGCAUCUCAAUAGCUCUCUGUGGCUUGGAGCCUGGAGCACACAAGAGAGGGUUGAGGCUUGCCCUCUGCGUCAGACCUGGAAGAGACACUUUGGAUUGGUUGCUGAGGGGCCCAUUGUGGCUCUCGUCGGGACCAUGGUUUGUCCCCAGCCAAGACGAUGAGGUGCAAGGCCCAUGCAGCUCCAGAGGGAGACUGUGAUAACUGGCCUCAAAGCUGAGCAAGAGGGGGAGGGGAGGCUUUGUACAUAUCUUAAGGUUCUAGUUGCUUGAGCUCAGAAGAGAACAGGGAGAGGGGAAUGGGGGAGUUGCUCUAUGAAGGAGUUGUGUCACUCCACAUUGACAGUCGCGGCGGUACUGUGCCUGCUCUUCAGACUGUGACACCCAUCCAGUAGGUGAGGCUUCACUGUACUCAGCGUCUAAUGGACAGGGGGACCUGGCAUUUGGGUGACUUCCCAGCCCAGUGUUUACUGUGACCUUGGAAUUAUCUCCAUGUCCCAAAGCAUUCAGUGACUUUGAGGAAACAGCAAAGACCCAUCUCCUCCCCACCCCCCACCCCCUGCUAAAUACAUGACAGGGUGCGCAUGCUCUGUGUUAGGACAUCUGGGUGGGCCUGAGAUAGAUGCCUGUUGCUGCAGAGGACAGAGCCACUUCUGGAUGUGCAUGCCCUGGGCUUCAGCUUGCAGGGGAGUGAAUGGCAGUGGAGAAGUUGGCAUAGGCAUAGCGUGACUUAGGGAGCAAGCCUGGGGCUUAGCUGGAACACACUGGGGACAGAGUGUUGGGUGGCAGAUGCUCGGCUGUGUAGCCUGAGUGCUAAGACCAUCCUGUGGCCCUUUGCCUGGGAGGCGUCCGUCGGGAGCUUUGCUAGGACACUCUGAAAGGAGGCUCGGGUUAGGGAGUGAGAUCUGGAGCUUGGACAGGCAAGCAAGCUUGCAGUGUCUUGGAGGUCCUCGCCUUUGACAUCUCUCUAGGACCUCAUGUUGGACUCAGUGGCAGCCGGUGGAGCUAAAGAGAGGCAUCCCCACCCAGUGCCAUCAACAUCUGGACCAGGGCUUCCCAUUCUCUACAGCAGCAGACCAGGAAUUCUGGGGGACCAGGGAGGGGAAAGGAAAACUGUAAAAUUCAAUGUUUUGAUGUUUCCUUCCUGUCUCUGGCCUCAUCUUUCUUUGCCUCUUAUACAGCCAUGGUGCUGCCUGUGGACCCCCACUGUGUACAUAUGACAACACUGUUUCCAUGUGCCACCCACCUUACCCUGAGUGACUGUGAACCCUCCCCUCAGGCAAAGGAACAGUGCCGGUACUGUCAGAUACUGACAAUGUGUCAGGUUUUCCUCCAAGAAAGGAGCCGAAGUUUCUUCCUUGGGAUACAUUCUCUAAGGUAGGAUUAUUGGAUUAGUGAACAUGGGGCCCUCUGAAACUUUUACUACCUACAGACAAAACGGUUUUCAGAAGUUUCAGUGUCCAUUGCAUGGCCCCCAGCAAGGGGAAGUGUUCCUGGUUGAGGGUCUUCUCCCAGGCCCGAGUAUUCCCUGACUUGGAGAGGUCAGCCGCACCAUGUUUUAGUUGCAUCUUUCGAUCCUAGCUCACCGUGAGUGGUUUUACACCAAGUGACUGCAUUUCCUCUUUUGCAGACUGCCGCUGUCCUUUGCCCCACUGACGGGGACCUGACCAGUUUGUAAGAGCUCCAUAUGUAAUUAAAGAUACUAACCUGGUGUGUGUCGUAUCUGC